UAAAAGCUUAAAGUGUCCUUCAGGAGCUUCCGUACUUUUGGUUAGUCAAACUCUUGUUGCUAGGCAACCCGAACUGAGUCAACAACAAUGGCAGAACAAAGUUGUAAAAUAAAGACCAAGAAACGUCCAUCCUCUAAGAGUACAGCUGAGAGCUCCAGGAAGGUAGAAGUUAAACUAAAGGGAAAAUCUGCAUCGGAUCCAACAAAAAAGCACACAGAUGAUCUUUUUGCAAAGGAAGAACAGUACAAGCUGUUAAAUGCCAAGCUUGAAGCCAAAACAGCAGAGCUAGUAAGAGAAGCAGAGCAACUUAUGAGAGGGCAAAAUGAAGUUCUGUCAUCUCCUCUCUCCAAUGUAUUCCUCUUGGAUGCAGAAGAUGAAGAUGGUUUUAGGAACCUAAAAUCUCAACCAAGAACCACACAGGAUCUUGGGAUGAAGAGAUGCGAUUUCCUUGAUUUGUGUAAUCCCUACAAGGUGAGCAAAAAAAAGGUCACAUCAGCAACACAAAGUAUGCAUGCUGGAAACCAAGGAAAUAAGCUACAAUUUAAGACAGCAUCAUUGAAAGAUGCCGAUGAUUCAGCAGCUUUAGGGGAUGGUGCUGAUUUGUUCUUAGCAAAGACCAUUCAGAGCAUGGAGGAGAAAAUGAAGGAUUCUGAUCAAGACAAUCUUCUAGAUAAUGCUGAGGAUUGUGUAGGAUCAGCUGCUUCUGAUGCUCAAACACGAGUGCUGAAGGCAAAACUUCAAAUAAUGCAAGAAGAACUUGACCUGCUUUCUUGUGACUUUUAUAAGAAGGAUGAUGAAAAUGCGAAGCUGACUGCAAAUAUUAAAGAGCUUGAGGAGGACAGAGCAAGACUGCAGAGGACCGUCAGCAUCCAGAAAACACAGACCGAGAGGCAGAAAGCUUUAGCAGAAGAGUCUGCUAAAAAAUGCAACGAUCUCCAGCUCCAAGUGGCUGCUUUAAGCAAGGAAGUAGAGACUCUGAAUAGAUCCCAAAAGCAAGCAGCAGCUGUCCACCGCACUGUGGAGGUUCGCCUAAACAGAGCUCUGGAGGAGGUGGAGAAGUUGAAGUCCCAGCUGAGUAAGACAAGACAAAUGAACAAGGAAAAGAUAAGUGAAGAACAUCAAAGUAAAGAAAAUCUGCUGGCUGAGAAUCAGAUCCUUAAGAAGCAGAAAGCAGAACUCAUUGCUGGUUUCAAGAAACAACUGAAGUUGAUCAGCAUUCUCAAAAGAUCAAAGGUGAGUAUCUUUUUUGACACUUGCCAUGUUCAUGUUUUCUUUUUAAAACCUUGAUAAGACUUUGUGUGUUGCAGAUGCACUUUGAAGCUGUGAAGAUGCUGUCCUUCACAGAAGAGGAGUUCAUGAAAGCUCUGGACUUGGGGAAGCCCUGAACAUGGAGAUUAAAACAAAUUCAUUUCAUUACUUUUAUUUAAUUUCCUUGAAUAGUAGAUGGCUCUGUUUUAGAUAUAAUUCUGUCUUUCUGUGAACAACCUCAGUUUACAAUUUGUUUUAAACUGAUUGCAUAUUCCGAUUAGUUCAGUGUUGCCUCUGCAACAUAACUGGAUUCCCUUAAAAUGUCUUUUUGAACUGAUUUCAGGAAAUGUGUAGUUAAGAGCCUAAAUAAAAAAUGUCUCUUUAAUAUA